AUGAAGCAGGUCUUUGGCGCAAGCCAGCAACGUUCCGCCGCCGUCCCCAUCGGCGCAGGAGUAGCCCUCCUCGGCGCCGGCAUUUACUACAAGUCCAGGAGCAAACCCCAAGUCAGCGAGGAGCAGGCGCGCAGGGACCGAGCCCAGGCCAAGAGGGACGAGGGCCUCUCGGGCGCAGGCAUCGGGGGUAACGCUGUAACUGGCGGCCACGAGCUGAGCCACGUCAACCCCCAGAGGAGUGAAGGGUCUACCGCGCCCCUGGAGAAGCUUCCCAGCGGGGGAGUAGGCGGGGGCGUCGGCGCCGGAGGUUCAAACGUCCGCUCCUCCAUCGAGAUGACGGCCAAACCGCGCGAGGGCGACACGCGGGUGGCGAGCAACUAUGACGGGACGCCCACGAGGAGAAACGCGACGCACCACGAUCAGCACCAG